AUGGGGAGCUUGGGUCCUGACACUGGAGCAAGCGACAGCCUGACAGACUGGAAGACAAAGGUCGCACACAAGCAAAAGCAAUGCCGCGAUGCUAUUCCGAGCGAAUGGCAAGUGCACCCCAAGGUGUUGGAGCUCCUCGAUUUGCCGCUCGAGAAGAAACCCAACCGACUCAUCGACCUUGACGUGGUCAGGAAGACGGGCAUCCUGUCCGACCGUGAACUUGCGAUUACCGAGAAUUAUACCGUGCAAGAGUUGCUGGCAGAACUUGCUUCGGGCCAAUUCACCUCUGUCGAGGUCACGACAGCGUUCUCAAAGAGGGCAGCGAUUGCUCAGCAGCUGAUCUCCUGUCUUACAGAGACAUUCUUCGAUCAAGCCCUCGAGAGAGCGAGGUAUCUUGAUCAGCGAAGAAGCGAGGGCAAGCUGGUUGGGCCUUUGCAUGGGCUUCCAAUCAGUCUCAAGGACUCGUUCCAGGUUGCUGGCACUGAGGCCUCAAUCGGAUUCGUAUCAUUCCUGGGGAAGAAGUCCACCGAGAAUUCGCCAAUUGUCGACAUCUUGCUAAGCCUCGGGGCUGUACUAUAUGUGAAGACCAACAUUCCAAUGACGCUGAUGACGGCGGACUCCCACAACAACAUCUUUGGUCGAACGCUAAAUCCUCUCAACACAGCGCUGAGCGCUGGAGGGUCGAGUGGAGGUGAAGGAGCACUAGUCGCGUUCCGAGGCUCUCCUCUCGGCGUAGGGACGGACGUCGCUGGAUCGGUGCGCAUCCCGGCACUAUGUUGCGGCACAUAUGGAUUCAAGCCAACGUCCUCCCGGAUUCCGUAUGGGGGCCAAGCAAACCCUGGAUUACCGGGGUGGAAACCCAUAACUGCAUGCGCUGGACCACUUGCGAAUGAUUUUGAGGCAAUGGAGAUUUUCACCAAGGCAGUCAUUGGCUCCGUUCCUGGAGCCUUGGACUCGACUGCGAUAGACGUGCCCUGGCGGCAAUUGGACCCGAUCGCUAUGUCCAAGCUGCGAGUCGGAGCUCUGGCUGAAGAUCCCUCCUACCCGUUACACCCACCAGUCAAGCGAGCACUUGAUGAAGCAAUCAAGAGAGUCCAGGCGGAUGGUCACGAAGUGAUUCAGCUGAGCGCCGAACAAGGGCAUGUCGCUGACGCCACCGAGGUCGCUGCCUUACUCUUCACCCUCGAGACAGAAACUCCCGUUGGAAACAUCAAAGCGAGCGGCGAGCCUCCUGUCCCUUCAGUCGCGGCGCAGCACCAGCCGGCCAACCGCGGUGAGAGGAGGUUCGUGCCGGAGAUCAGCAAGCUUGGUAAACUGCAGCAAUACGCAGCUUUGACAGUCAAACGUCAAGAAUUGUCUGAGGAUUGGCGAAAGUUAUGGUCAGACUUGAGAUUGGACGCGGUCCUUGGGCCUCCAGCGCAGAACACGGCAGUGCCACAUGACACAUACGGCUGGCCUCCUUACACUGCUCACCUCAAUUUACUCGACUAUCCGGCCUGUGUCAUUCCCUUCUCCAAAACUUCGAAGCAGCUCGACCGCGCGCCAUUCACAGUGCAGCCACAUCAGGCUGGCCCUGCUUGUCAGUGA